AUGUCCAUCGGCAAGCUGCUGUCCAACGGAGCGCUCCUCUUCGACGUGCUCAUCAUUGGCGCAGGUCCGUCUGGUCUUUCGACCGCGACCGGACUGGCUCGUCAACUGCACACGGCGGUCGUCUUCGACUCUGGCGUGUAUCGCAAUGCAAAGACGCAGCAUAUGCACAAUGUCCUCGGAUGGGACCACAGAAACCCAGCGGAGCUGCGCGCCGCAGGUCGCGCCGACUUGACCAACCGCUACUCGACCAUUCAGUUCCAGAACAGCACCAUCGAGACGAUCAAGCAGAUCGAGGCCCAGCAGCUGUUCGAGGCGCGGGACGCCGAAGGCCAACGCUGGUAUGGUCGCAAGGUCGUGCUGGCGACCGGCGUUCGAGACAUUCCCCUGGACAUCGAGGGAUACUCGGAGUGCUGGGCGAACGGCAUCUACCACUGUCUCUUCUGCGACGGCUACGAAGAACGGGGCCAGGAGACCGCCGGUGUCCUCGCCCUGGGCCCCAUCGCGAACCCUCCGCGCGCCCUGCAUCUGGCUCGGAUGGCCCGGCAGCUCUCCAAGUCUGUCACUGUCUACACCAACGGCAAUGAGCAGCUGGCGAACGAGAUCCAACAGGCCGCAGAGGCAUCCUCUAACGCCACCUCGUGGCUUAAAUUCGACGCACGACCCAUCGCGCGAUUCGAAAAGGGCGAUGUCGCCACGACCGUCAUUGUUCAUUUUGGCGAGACUGACGAGUCGAAAACAGAAGGCUUCCUGGUGUACAACCCCCAAACAGAGGUGAACGGACCGUUUGCCAAGCAACUCGCCUUGAACAUGACAGAAGGAGGCGACAUCCAGACCACGCCUCCCUUCCACGAGACCAGUGUGCCGGGAGUAUUUGCAGUGGGUGAUUGCGCCACUCCGUUAAAGGCCGUCACCCCGGCGGUGGCUAUGGGAUCCCUGGCCGCCGGAGGUCUGGUGGCUCAGCUGCAGGCUCAACCAGUGGCGGAUUUUCGUCUCGACCGGGAACUGUAG